CCGAUACAGGACGAGGAGGUAGGGUUGGCUGACUUUGUGCCCCAGUGUCUGGAAGGGGGCGGUAUGUUUAAGAGACCGCAGUUUGAGUCCCAGUCCUGUGUAUUACGGAAGGCCUCAAAAUGGUUGUCCGAAAACCCGGAAAUAAACUUUUGUAGUGCGAUGUCAUUGGAUGUAAAACUCAAGUCAAUGGUAUCAAUUGACACGAAACAGAUGUCUAUCACCCGAGGAACCGGAGAUUACAUACGAUUCCUACGCAUAGCGUAUACCAAACCCCGGGAAGUGUCGGCAGAUAUACCCAUCAGCUCUGCACUACCACCGCCUCCGCCCGUAUACCUCGAGCACCGGGUGUUUGCUUUACAUAAGGACUAUUCAGACAUAAAACACGCGAUCAAUGACUUCAUGGGAAGGGAUGAGUGGCGGACAUCACAAGAACAGUACAAAUGGCUUCUCUUGAGCUGCGAAACGGUUCCCAUAUUUGCGAAGAAUUAUCUCAAGACAACGCUCGACACUAAUACUGACCGUUCAUUUCAGGCCCUCCUGUCCUCUAACCUAACGCUCAGAUCAAGAUUCAAAAUCUACGAGUAA